GCCGCGCAGAGCCCCGCGCAGCGCAGCCCGGGGCUGGCGGCCGACCAGGCUGUUGUUGUUCUCAACGUGGUCCGCCCCGCGCCCAUAUAAAAGGCGGCGGCGGCGCCCGCCCCGGCAGAACGCGCACCGAGUGGAGCAGGCACAGCGCGCUCGCCGGGCCCCGCCGCUGCCCCCGCCCGCGCCCCCGGCCCGCCACUCCCCGCACCAUGUCGGUAGACCUUGAAGAAAGCGAUCUGCCCCUGGCCGAGGCAGAGGAGGCGCCGCUCUCCCCGGAGAAGAAAGCGGCUGCUAAGAAGGCGAAAGGAGGCGGCGGCGCCUCGUUGUCGCCAUCGAAGAAAAGGAAGAACAACAAGAAGAAGAAUCAGCCGGGUAAAUACAGCCAGCUAGUGGUGGAGACGAUCCGCAAGCUGGGCGAGCGCAAUGGCUCCUCGCUGGCCAAGAUCUAUAAUGAGGCCAAGAAAGUGGCGUGGUUCGACCAGCAGAACGGCAGGACUUACCUAAAGUACUCAAUCAAGGCACUGGUGCAGAACGACACGCUGCUCCAGGUCAAGGGCACCGGUGCCAACGGCUCCUUCAAGCUCAACAGGAAGAAACUGGAAGGCGGCGGGGAGGGGGGCGCGGGCAACAGCGCCCACAAGUCCCUCAAGAAGGCGACGGUCUCCUCGACCCGGCGGGCGGAGAAGCCGGCGGCCAAGAACAAGAAGCCCGAAAAGAAAUCGCACAAGAAGGGAGCCGGCGGCGCGGCGGCGAAGAAGGACAAGGGCAAAGCCAAGAAGGCCACCAAGAAGGGAGCCGCGUCCCCCGGGGGCAAGAAGGUGAAGAAGUCGGCAAAGCCCAAGGCGCUCAAGAGCCGGAAGGCAUGAGAUCGAGGCGCUGGGAGCCUCCCGCCGCCCUCCGGACUGAGAGCCCCGCGGCACAGACUGCUCUGAGGACAGACCCCAGGGGACCCGCUUUGUCUUUGUGUUGCCGACUCGCCUCCGCAGCCGCCGCCGCGCGCGGUGAGCGGGGCUGCGGCUGCCCCAGCCCCCCUUCCCCUUCUCUGCCGCCUUAUUUUGUCCACCCCUUCCCCCCCAUCCCAUUCCGCGGCUUCUCCCCGAUCGCGCCCUUUUGUUUUCGGCCGUGCCCCUCCCCGCCUGUAGACGGUUCCCGGCCCCCACCCCCUCCCGCGUCCCCCCGGUUCUUCACGGCGCUUUUUCCCGCCCGGUUUCCAUAGCAGCCAUUUUGCACGGGGCCCCCCCCGCGCCACGUGGGCCGGUCCCGCU